AAGUUAUAGACUAAGAUACGAAAUUUGGUCUGGUUCUUGUGUAUAAGGUAAAUUAAUGCUAUUACAUUUUGCAGUACAGAACUCGAGAGGAUGAGGAGAUGGAGAAGUUCAUGUGCCCUAUCUCGGGUAGGGUCGGACUUAAUGAAAAUUUACUCGUUAUUAACAUUUACAAUGUUUUAAAAACUCAUCUCUAUCCUGAAAAUCAAACUGAAGAUCGUUUUUAGUGUAAAAAACAGAAAUCAAAUGAUUUGUAAGCCAAGGGUGUUUGCAGAAAGGAACAGAUGAAGCACUACCCCUCUUUGGAAUUGAAUAAAAAUUCCACAAAUUAUAAUCGUAAAAGUGAUUGAGAUUUAUAACCUAACACUUAACACCAUGGAAUAUCAACUCUAUUCUAUAAUCUACUUGUGAAAAAACUUAAUUAAAUAAGAUUUAUUAAUGUAGGUUAAUUAUUUGCCUCUAGAAAAUAUUCUACGGGCAUCCAUAUGUACGCUAUGCAUCAUGCCAACAGAAGAGGGAUAAAAACCCGAAACGAACAUUGCAAAGAAAUCUAUAGAAUAUACUAUAUUGAAUAAAGUGAAUAUCUCGAGUCUGGGGUCUUAAAUCGUCACUUCGUUGUGAAAUAAAAUAGACAUUAAAAAUAAACACACGGUUUUAACAAAAGGAAAGAAAAUAUGUACAGUUAUAAACAGCCAAAUAUCUAAUUCUUAAUAUGGUAUUAUUAUUGUUAUUAAUCUUUUUUCCUAGGAUUGGUCCUGCAUUGUUGGUCUUCGUGUUUACAUGCAAUAUUCCCUUUUACUCGACUAGCGAAUCAUUUGGUAAAAUUAUAAUUGUUUCCACAUCUUCUGCGAUUCGACCAAGCCAUCGUUUCUUGGUACGUCCACGAGGUCUGGUUUCCCCUGGGUCAUAAGAGAAAAACAAAUAAAUUUUAAUAACAUUUUUGUGUCAAUGUUAUCCCCUUGUAACUGCCACUGCGUAUAGACAAUGACUCUUCAGAACCUCUGAUUUUAUUUAUGACAAGGAAAAAAGCCGUGACUAGAUCCUGAAUGUUUUUGAAUUAUUGUUUUCAUAAGAAUAUUCUUAUAAAAUUUAACUGUACUUUUAAGAUCAUAAUGCAAUUUUUAAACUUUCGAAUUAAAUUUUAUCUGACGCUUACAGAAUCAAUCGCGGAUAUACCCUGUCCUCCAUUUUUCGAGCACAUUGUUUUUGCCAAGGCCAAAAUUACUCCAGUUCCUCCAACAUAUUUCCUCCUAUACACAAGAAAAAAUCCUUCAUACCCUAAUUAUUUGACAGAUAAAAACAGUUUUUAUACUUCACAUUUUAAUCCAAAAUUAAAAACAAUUAUGAUUGUACAUGGAUUUCUAGAAAACCCUACAAGCGAAGACGUUAAUUUUUUGAAAACAGCUUUUCUACAUUACGAAGAUUGCAAUGUCAUUAUAGUGGAUUGGAAAAUAGGAGCCUUAUCCCUUACUUUUCCAAAAGCUAUGAGAAUAACUCUUGUAGAAGGCAAAUUUAUCGCCGAACAACUAGAAAGAUGGAAAAAAUCUAUAAAUCUCGAUUUUAACAAAUUCCACAUCAUUGGAUUUAGUCUCAGUGGUCAAUUAGUAGGUUUUAUUGGAAAGUACAUAAAAACGGGAAAAAUUGGAAGAAUUACAGGUUUAGAUGUUAUUGGCGCUUGUUUUUCAAGUUUAUCACCGAGACACAAGCUUCACUAUUCCGAUGCAAAGUUCGUAGACGUCAUUUCCACAACAAGUGCAAGUCAACUUAUUACCGGAAAACCGACUGGACAUUUGCAUUUCAUGAUUGACGGAGGUCUAGUAGGAAGGGGAUGUAAAGACAACGUUGCCAACUUUGAUUUGAAUACAAGUUUUAUAAAAGGUAUAUUCGUUGGAUUAUAUUCGGCAAUUCUCCGGUUAUUUUUUUGUUCUCAUAUGCGAGGAUUCUACCUGUUUGCAUCCACUCUUUAUCAUCCCGAGUUUCUUCCCGUGGCUUAUAAAUGCAAGGAUUAUGAAACUUUUAAGAAAGGAAAAUGUAGCGAAUGCGGAAUAGAUGGAAGGAAUUGUGCGGCAAUUGGGAUUCACGCCGAAAAAUACGCGGAUAAAAUAAUAAACGGCACUGUAACGAUGUAUGCGGCGACAACAUUUACCGACGGAUAUUUCUUAUAUCAGUACCACGUGGAAGUGACUUUCGGCUUUACUGCAGACACCACUAUUGAAGUAGGAAAAUUAGUGUUGAUUAUUAAUUCCAAAAUAAUUAAAAUCUUGGAUAAAGACUUAUAUAUUCAAUAUGUGAAAAGUAUAUUUAAACCCGGAGCGACUUAUACCUAUUUAAUAACAACUACUCACGAUCUGGAGCCAAUAACAAAUCUUAAAGUAUUUUGGUAUAGUGUGCUACCUCGUAAGGAUAAUAAAUUGUAUAUUCAGUGCGUGAAAAUAGUACCCAUGAAUAAUCUACAAACAGAUCGUUUUAAGUUAACCACAUUUGGUACUACAAACGGAGAAGGUAUUCUUCCUCAUCACAUUGUAAAAUUGCAUUUAGGAAGACGUUGCGGAUUUUAUUAAACACAUUUCUG